AGCCGGGGUAUAAAAGACAGAAGAGGAGCGUUUGGUCCUUGCGUAAAACUUUCUGACGCACUGCAGACAUGCUUAGACUUCUGGUGUUGACAACUCUCGCAGCCCUGGUGCUGGCUGAACUGGAGCCCCAGCCCAGGUAUCUGGAGGAGAGCUUUGAAAGAGUCGUGGGAGGUGAGGUGGCCAGUGCCAACUCCUGGCCCUGGCAGAUCUCUCUUCAGUACAAAUCUGGAAGCAGCUACUACCACACAUGCGGAGGAACCCUGAUCAGGAGAGGCUGGGUUAUGACCGCUGCUCACUGUGUGGACAGCGCUAGGACGUGGCGUGUCAUUCUCGGUGAACAUGACCUCUACAGCAACAACGGCAGAGAGCAGGUCAUGACUGUCAGCCAAGUUUACAUCCACCCCGGAUGGAACUCCGGCAGAGUUUCUGCUGGGUUCGACAUCGCCCUGCUGCGUUUGACUUCUGAGGCCACCCUGAACUCCUACGUCCAGCUGGGCUCUCUGCCUCCCAACGGCCAGAUUCUGCCCAACAACAACCUCUGCUACGUCACCGGAUGGGGUCGCACUUCCACCGGCGGCAGCCUGUCCGCUCAGCUGAAGCAGGCCUACCUUCCUCUGGUCGACUACAAGACCUGCACCAGCGCUGACUGGUGGGGCAGCACCGUCAAGCCCACCAUGGUGUGUGGUGGUGGUGGUGCCGAGGCCGGAUGCAAUGGUGACUCUGGUGGCCCUCUGAACUGCCUUGUUAAUGGAAAAUACUCCGUCACUGGUAUUGCCAGCUUUGUGUCUGGUUAUGGAUGCAACACGCCCAAGAAGCCCACCGUCUUCACCCGUGUCUCCGCCUACAUCGACUGGAUGGACUCUAUCAUGAAGUAAACAGACGAGUUGCCCCAUGUUGCAGCACACAAAGACAGAGCAUGCAUCCGAGCCUGUGUUCAUCUACUGUGCUUCAUUUGUCUGCUCUUGUUCCACAAAAAAUAAAGUUAAUUAAGCUUUGA